AAGUAGAAUACGAAAGCGGGAAUAUAAUAGAUUUGACUUCAAACUAAGGGAUCGAUGGGUUGUCAGCGUUUUUAUUCACUCAGAGUGGAAGAAUAGCAGUUAGCCGGCCAACUGUGUCGUUUUGGUGACUCUUGUGAUUGUGAUGAUUCUCACAAAUGGACGACAUCAACCUCCAUUAUCGCUUUUUGAACUGGAGAAGGCGAAUACGAGAAAUUCGUGAAGUACGACCAGUCCGCUACCGAGAGCGUCUGAAAAGAAUGCUAAGGGAUGGCGACGUGCUGAGGUACCAAGGAAACUCGGAUGAAGUCGGCUGUUUUGUGGCGGCGAGGCCAUUAUCAAAAAGAAAUCGCUACUUUGAGGUAACAAUCGUGGAUACAGGAGUGAGGGGCAUGAUUGCUGUCGGUUUAGUGCCUCAGCUCUACAAGCUGGACCAUCAGCCGGGCUGGCUGCCAAAUUCUGUGGCUUUCCAUGCAGAUGAUGGCAAACUGUACAACGGCAACACUGUCGGACAACAGUUUGGUCCAAAUGCUGCAGAGAGAUCGAUCGGCUGCGGAAUCUCCCUGGAAUCUGAUGAUGGACAGUUGACUGUGUUUUUUACCAAGAAUGGUAAAGAAGUUGGCAGAUUGGACGUGCCGGCGGCCGAGGCUCUCUACCCUGCUGUAGGAAUGCAUUCGCUGGGCGAGGAAGUGCUGCUGGACCUGCACGCCGAAUGGAGGAUGGAGGAGGAUGACGGUCUGAUGAUAGUGGACAGCCAUGAAGACGACUGGGGCCGCCUCCAUGACAUUAGAGUGUCUGGCACUCUGCUGGAGUACACGGGCAAAGGGAAGAGCAUCGUGGACGUGGGCUUGGCUCAGGCCCUUCGGCCCCUCAACACGCGCUUCCACUACUACGAGCUGGAGAUCACGGACGCCGGCGAGAAGUGUUACAUCGCCCUGGGCCUGGCGCGCAAGGAUUAUCCUAAAAACAGACAUCCAGGUUGGAGCAGAGGCUCCAUUGCGUAUCACGCUGAUGACGGCAAGUUGUUCCAGGGCAGCGGUGUCGGCGACGUCGGCCCACGUUGCUUCGAAGGAGACCUCAUGGGCUGCGGCAUCAUGUUUCCACGAGACUUCAGCCAUGAGGGCGGAGAUGAUGCGGACGACUGGGACCUGGAAAUAUUGCCGCAGCCCACAGUUCAGAACGACUUGUACGCGAGCAAUGACGAUGACGACGAGGAGGGGGAAGAUGAGGGAACUAAGGUCACGGUGUUCUUCACCCGCAAUGGAAAGGUGGUGGGGCGUAGGGAGGUGGCCUUACCGGUAGGAGGCUUCUACCCCACUAUCGGCAUGAUGAGCAACGGCGAGAAGGUUAAAGUGGACCUGCACCCGCUCAGCGGCUGAACGCCGACGCGGGACUCCGUUACCUCAUCGUCAAAUGGCUGCUGCUUGUAGAGGUCACGUCAGGAUGGAACUGUGGCCUUCUCAUGCUGUAAGAGUCAAGUCACUUUGAUUCGAAACGAUCCAAAUGUUUCUUGAAGUUCUAAUUGUAGCACACAUUGUGGUGUUGAUGUUGGAUAAAAAGAAACAGCAAUCAACUUAUUUCCCUCAUUUAGUCUGCAGCCUAACGCCACAUAAAUGGUGCAUUACUGACACCAAGUGGUGAGAGUCUUGUACUGCAGUUAUUGUUUCACUUCAUUGCCUCAAACUUGGCUUGAAGUCUGGGCCUGUCAAAUCGAACACAACGUUACUCCUACUACUCUUGUAUGGCUACACAACUUAAUUGUGCCCUUAUAGUGGAUGAGCAAUUGUCGAACAUUGUCAAGGUAUGUUGCUGAUGUAGAUGGAUGGACAAAAUACAUUAUUUUUUCAAAAAUGA